AUUCUAGAUAAGCUGCAGCAUCUUUGAUAAGUUGGCUGUCUUUGGCUGUCCGUUUAUCAUCAGCUUAUCAUCUUAGCUGUCAGGAUGCUUGGCUGCUGGUCAUGGGUGAACUGUAGGUCUCACCUAGAGGCAGAACCAAAGGAUGAAGAUGAAGAGGGGGCACAGACUGGUCAUCCCAGAAAUCUGACCCAUGUUGCUCCAUGUCCUGGGGGACCCAUGUUGCACCAUGUUCUGGGGGACCCUCUGGGGGAAGAGUCCAAUGAGGCAAACUUGGUGCCAGGACCCCUUCCAGGACUUCAUGUCCCCACUGACAUUCUGGGGAAAGAGCUCAAUGAGGAAACCUCAAUGCUAGGAUCCCUUCCAGAACCUCGCGUCCCCACAGAUAUUCUGGAGGAAGAGCUCAAUGAGGAAACGUCGGUGCCAGGAUCCCUUCCAGAACAUCACGUCCCCACUGAUAUUCUGGAGCAAGAGCUCAAUGAGGAAAUGACGGUGCCAAGAUCCCUUCCAGAAACCUUGCAUCACCAAUUACAUUCUGGGGGAAGAGCCCAAUGAAGCAACCUUGGUGCCAGGACUUCGUGUACCCACUGACGUUCUGGGGAAAGAGCUCAAUGAAGCAACCUCAGUGCCAGGAUCCCUUUCAGGUCCUCACAUUUCCACUGGUAUUCUGGAGGAAAUGCUCAAUGAGGAAACCUCAAUGCCAGGAUCUGUUCCAGGACCUCGCAUCCACAUUGAUAUUCUGGAGGGAGAACUCAAUGAGGCAACUUCAGUGCCAGGAUCCCUUCCAGCUUCUCAUGAUGUUCCUGAAGGCCCUGCUGCCUGUCUUUGCCCCCCUGGGUCCGGUUCAUCAUUAUCUUCUGCCUCGCUGGAAGUUGGCUCCAUCCCACCCUCCACCUCCACCUCUUCUUUCCUCCUGCAUCCCUCUUCCCCUCCUCCUCCUUCCCCACAUCCUCUAGAGCUAGAACUCAGCAAUGUAAAAGAAACGCUGCAGAGUUUGAUGGAUUUGCAGUUCCAUCAGCUGAAUGACCGCCAAAGACACCUCCGCAUCUGCCAGGAAUGUUUGCAAAACCUUAAGGCACUGAGGGGAGACCUCCGAAGACUGCAGAGCAGACUGGCGAGUGUGGAAGCCACUAUUGGGAUCCUGGUUCCUCCAAGGGAGCUGGAUGUUGAGGAGGAAAAAGAGGAAGACAAAAACCAGACAGUGCUUCAUCCAUAGGUAGCAAUAAAAUGCUGCAUAUUUAUUUUAAAAACAUUAAACAUUUGUUUUAAUAGGAUAGGAUGUAGAGAUAAAACAGCAAUAGAGCAUGCAUAUUUACUGCUUAAAAAUUAAAAAGUUGA